AUGCAGAGCGCGGAGCAGCCAGGCUCAGGGCCGCCACAGCGCCCAGGAGCGGCCUUUGGCAGUACCACGCUGCCGCCAGGCAAGGCCCACGAGCCACAGCGCCCAGGAGCGGCCUUUGGCAGUACCACGCUGCCGCCAGGCAAGGCCCACGAGCCACAGCGCCCAGGAGCGGCCUUUGGCAGUACCACGCUGCCGCCAGGCAAGGCCCACGAGCCACAGCGCCCAGGAGCGGCCUUUGGCAGUACCACGCUGCCGCCAGGCAAGGCCCACGAGCCACAGCGCCCAGGAGCGGCCUUUGGCAGUACCACGCUGCCGCCAGGCAAGGCCCACGAGCCACAGCGCCCAGGAGCGGCCUUUGGCAGUACCACGCUGCCGCCAGGCAAGGCCCACGAGCCACAGCGCCCAGGAGCGGCCUUUGGCAGUACCACGCUGCCGCCAGGCAAGGCCCACGAGCCACAGCGCCCAGGAGCGGCCUUUGGCAGUACCACGCUGCCGCCAGGCAAGGCCCACGAGCCACAGCGCCCAGGAGCGGCCUUUGGCAGUACCACGCUGCCGCCAGGCAAGGCCCACGAGCCACAGCGCCCAGGAGCGGCCUUUGGCAGUACCACGCUGCCGCCAGGCAAGGCCCACGAGCCACAGCGCCCAGGAGCGGCCUUUGGCAGUACCACGCUGCCGCCAGGCAAGGCCCACGAGCCACAGCGCCCAGGAGCGGCCUUUGGCAGUACCACGCUGCCGCCAGGCAAGGCCCACGAGCCACAGCGCCCAGGAGCGGCCUUUGGCAGUACCACGCUGCCGCCAGGCAAGGCCCACGAGCCACAGCGCCCAGGAGCGGCCUUUGGCAGUACCACGCUGCCGCCAGGCAAGGCCCACGAGCCACAGCGCCCAGGAGCGGCCUUUGGCAGUACCACGCUGCCGCCAGGCAAGGCCCACGAGCCACAGCGCCCAGGAGCGGCCUUUGGCAGUACCACGCUGCCGCCAGGCAAGGCCCACGAGCCACAGCGCCCAGGAGCGGCCUUUGGCAGUACCACGCUGCCGCCAGGCAAGGCCCACGAGCCACAGCGCCCAGGAGCGGCCUUUGGCAGUACCACGCUGCCGCCAGGCAAGGCCCACGAGCCACAGCGCCCAGGAGCGGCCUUUGGCAGUACCACGCUGCCGCCAGGCAAGGCCCACGAGCCACAGCGCCCAGGAGCGGCCUUUGGCAGUACCACGCUGCCGCCAGGCAAGGCCCACGAGCCACAGCGCCCAGGAGCGGCCUUUGGCAGUACCACGCUGCCGCCAGGCAAGGCCCACGAGCCACAGCGCCCUCAAUAA